AUGAGCGAAUCGGAGUCUCUGGGCGGGAGCAGUGCGUCGACGACGGCCGGCAGCGACGAGUACACCAUGUCGCACAUUUUCGCCAACGUCGGACGUCCGAUUCCGCUGACGACGUUCGGUGCAGCGGCUGUUCCCAACUCUUGGGGAUCCGGUGAGUCGGCCGCUAUUUUUUGCGCUGAAAAACGCUAAAUUUUAGAUCUAAAAAUAUGCAAUUUUCGUUAAAAAAAACAAGGCAAAAAUUCGCGGCACUGUGUAUUUUUGCGUCUGUUCACGCGCAUUGUGUGCGCACAAAAGCAUUUUAAUCGACGCGCAAUACGAAAUUCCAGCGCACUUUACACGUCUUCAGCCCAUUUUCCGUCCAAACUCGCCGUUUUUCAGCCGUUUCGCAGCCGAUGCUUGGCGGCUCAUUUGGCUUGGCACCAACACCACCACCCGUCAUCCAGGAAGUACGUAAACCCCGUUUUUGAGUGUGCAUGUUGUCAAAUAGUGAGAAAAUUUUUAAAAUCAGUUUUUAAAGUUUCAGAUGAUCAGAAACAGCUAGACAAUGUUCUAAAGUGUUUGCUGAAGCCAUUUUGAAUUUUUUCGAUUUUCCCCCUCCAAAAAUCGUGGUCAACUGUCGAAGGUGUCAGAAAUCGGCCAACUUUCACACACCGCCCUCCCAUUUCCGCCUGAAUAAAUAAUUUUCCGUGCGGAAUGCACGCGGAAAGCGGAAAGGUUUGCUUUAUGCAUCAGAUAGCAAACUACACGCACACCAACCAGAUGCCGGCCAAACAAACAUAAUAAGUUGGGGUCCCGACGUUCCGUCGACGGGAAACGCAUAAAAUUGUGCGCUCGAGCCGAGGCACUACAUUUUUAUGCGUUUUUUACACUAAAAUUGCAUUUUUGCGUAACCUUUCGAUUAAAAUUUCCCUAAUACUGUGUUCCGGAAUUUUCCGAGCAGUCGAGAGCUCUUUCGAAAGAGCAAGUCUCAAGAUCAUUGACCGGCCGACCGAUUCGCAUAUUUCUGCCGAAUUUUCUCGGUCAAUUUUAGACCGGUUUGCAAUUUCUCGAGUUUCCCCCGAUCGCAAUGAAAAAAAAAACGUUAGGCCAACAUUUUUCCCAUCCGAACUGCAAGAAGAAACGUUACAUCCCUUUGAGAAAACCAAUUUCGGUUUCGCGAACCGCCCAUCUUUUUUCUCUGUCCUUCUCUGCCGUUUCUCUCGAUCUUGUGAAAUCUCUCGCCGCCAACUCGGCCACUUUUGCAGUUUUUUCGCCCGUCUGCACUGUCUGCGUCUCUUUGGCGGCGCCAAAUCUCUCGCCUCUCGCGCUUUUCGGUCGGCCUAUUUUCGCGCGCGCGCGGCAGUUGGCAGACGAAAAGGGGCGCGGCCAUGAUCGGUCAGAUAUUGUAGUUUUUGUUUUUUAACUACAGUAGUCUUCAGUCCCCGGCCAGUCAUUCGGAUGAUAUUCGGUGAAAGAAAAACCCAUUAGUUUUCAAGUUUUGUGGUCGAUCGACUGAUAACCGAUUCGCUGAUGUAAUCAUUGUCCCCUCAAUUUCCGGUUUCCACCACGAAAAUGUGCUGAAAGUGCACUUUUUGUGCGCUCAAACGUCGAGGAGACGUCAUGCUCGUUCACGUGCAAAAGCUGCGAGUCAGAACGAUUUUUGAGCAAUUUUAAUGAGGUUUCAAGCGGAAUUUUGAUUGGAUUUAGAAUUUAUUAAAGACUUAAAGCCAAGAAACCACCAAAGGCUCAGGCAGUUCUAGACGGCUUAAAAAUUUUUUACCCUAAUUCCCCUACGCUUUGCAACGAAAAUGCCGGAAUUCUCCGAUGAUCUUGAUCACAUCGGAUAUUUCUUCUCCCUCCAGGAAUCGGAAAGAUGACCAAUGUGUGAUCUCCGAUCCGCCAGACAUCCUUCACUUCUUUUUUGUCGCGGCGACGAAACCCCGCCCCGCGUUCGAUCUAUGCGCCGCUUCACUUUUUUGUUCUUGGCCUCUGCCCGCGACGUUCAGUGUCUAGACACGGCCACCCAUCCUCUGCGGAUGGCGGUCAUAAAUUUGGAGAAUUGUCGUUUUGCGUUUCGUUUUUUCUGUUCGUCUCGUUCUCUGCGACGCGCGCGCACGCCCGCAGCACGGCACUGCCAGUCUCGGGACCUUGGCGCGAGCAGUUGAAUGAAAAAAUGGGGAGAGAAAAUGGAGAUGUAUCGUUUAGGCGCCGAUUGACCUUAUCUCGACCCACUGCCUAUAAAUGGGUGAGAUUAUCGGGUCCUCUCGCCCCGUAGAAGAAUCACUUUUUGGCACUUUAUAUAUAGCUUUUUUUGAUGAAAAGUCGUUGAUUUUCCGCAGUUGCAACGAGUUUUAAGCAGUUUGAGCCUGUGAUAAUUUUUGCCCAUUUUGCCGUGAAUUUGCCGGAAAAGUAUGCAAGCGUGGCUUUUCCCUAAAAUUUAUAGCGCUAUUUUUGGUCUUUGGUCAGCGAACACUUUUCUCUUUCUAUCUGUCUCUCUCUCUCUCUCUCUCUCUCUCUCUUUUUCUCAUUCUCUUUCGAAGCUCAUCCGUGCCCGCAAAAUUGCUGUACAACAAUAUUAUUUCUUUCUCGCCCUCUCUCUUGCGGCCGAGAAUUGUGUCUCUUUUUCCAGAAAGAAAAGAGCGCACUCGUCUCGAAUGCAUUGAGAAAGAGAGAGGGACGGGGCCUGGUACUCCCCCGAUCUUUUCAUCUUUUUCCGUCUCUCUCUCCCUCGAGACCGCCCAUCUUUCGUUCCACGAUUGCUCAAAGUCGGCGGGAAAUAGUGGUAAGAUGGUGGGAGACGGAGGGAGAAAAGAGAACGAGACGGAAGUUCGUGCGCGAGCGUCCCGUCCUCCUUUCCCGCGUUUCCACAACUAUCGUCCGUCCGAUUCUCGCUCGUAAACAGUGUCGUUUCAUCAUUUGUCUGUACAUUUUUCGAAAUUUUUCUUCUAUUUUUUACUGGAAACGGAUGUAGUAAGCUUUUGAACAGAAAAAAGUAAUUGUAUUUUACAGGAUGAUCAUGAUCUUGUUCUCAGAACGCUCUAUCAUUAUAAAUUAUGUGUCUGUCGCGGUCCAGUCCAAAACUGGCAGAUGGUGGUGGUGGGCACCGAUUGGGAUGUCCUUCCGCCUCCCAGUACACCUCGGUAUUUGCGUAAGAUCGGAGGACAGAAAGUAACUUGAGAGCCACCACCACCUGCCCGCUUUGCCCUCCGCUUCAAUUCCAACCUACAAGGAGAUGUUUGAUCGUUUUCCGGAAAGCCGCCCCCUUUUUUUCCUGGAAAAUGAGCUAUUUUCACGAUUUGACCCUAAACUUGAGAAUUGGAAACGUUUGCGCAAUUCCGCGGCUAAUUGCACAGCAAUUUUAAGAUUAGCGAGCGUCGUUUACAAGUUUGACCCGAUUUCUGAGAAAACUGAGUUUUACAUUUUCAUUUCUUCAUGGAAAGCCCAUAAGAAUGGCGCUAUAUUCGAUUGAUUUGCGUGUGCGAGCUCAAAACUGUUUUUAGGCCACAGUGUGUAGGGAAAUUGUUGUGCGUUUUUGCAUCGCCGUCACAAAUCGAUAACGCGGAUGAUAGCAAGGCUACACGCAGUGCUUGGCUUAUCACUCGUUUCUCAUCAAAUUUUGUGGCAGAGUGAAACGUUUUGACAUUGUCCGAGCGAGCGAGCGACGGCGACGACAACGAAACGAGACGAACAUGGCGCCAUAAUUUUCGCGUUUCGCGUCAAUCGUCGUCGUAAACAUCUUUAUCAGGCCACGCCCCCAAUCAUUUGAAUCAUUGGGAGUUUUGUCUAGAAAACUGAGCGAAUUUUGGCCAAUCUGGCUUUAAAAAAAAUGUCGUUUGGCAUAACCUGAAGCAUGAACAGUGACCGAAGAACUGUAAUUUUUCCCCGGAAAUGUCGGAUUUUGUAGCAUUCUCUGAAGCGUGAAAAAUGCAAUUCCCAUGCUUUUCCUCUCUCCUAGAUGUUGCUGUCUCGAAUAUUGCGUGUAUGCUGUUGUUGGCACUGUCUUCUAGGUUCCGCCCACUCUUCUUCUUCCCAUUCAUUCAUCUUGUCUCCCUCUUCGUCCGUCCGUCCUUUUGAGGACAUUGACACACGUGUGCCAUCUGUUUGUCGCGGUCCGACCCGGCACCGCCAACGCACUCGCUCCACUUUGGGCCUGUCACGCGCAUCGGCGCCAUUUUUGUCGAGGUUUUGGGCUUUUUAGAGCUUUCUACUUUUUGCUAGUUUGUCUCUUUCCUCUGUCUCUUUAUUUUUCAACGAUUCUCCCCUUGUCGCCUGGUCGUUUAGUUUUGGGGUCAAGAUUUCCGCGUGAGUAGGCCGCUCAUCCGGAGAAGAAGAAGAGAAAGAGGCAAUCCAGUUGGGCAUAGUUACGAAUUCCUCUCGCGGUUCGUUCUUCCGUUGUUGUUGUUCCGCGCGGCGGCGGCGGCGCGACCGAUUUCAUCAUCGAUUGGUGGCCGCCGCCGCGUCCGCUUCGUGUCUGUACCGCCCACUUUUGUUCGGUUUUCCGCGUGAUUCACUGAGAAUUUUGCCCAGAUUUUCCCGAUUUUCCGCGAUGUUUUGCGUCGUGUGUGGCCCCAAAAAUCGUUGAAGGGAAAUGUGAUACCUCAAUGAAAUUCGAACCAUUUUUGGGCCUAAAAAUUUUGCGACCAAGGCGCGUGCGGCCUCAAAAUGACCUUCGCGGAUGAUGAGAUGAGAAUUGAGAGAGAGAGAGAGAGAGAGACUUUUUAGGCCAGAAUUUUGACACUUUUGACAAUUUCUCGUUCUUCUUUGUGUAUUUUUUGAGUAUCCUCUCUAUUUAAAAAAUUAAAAAAUUUGCAGAUUGUGAAGUGCACGCUGUGCCUUGAACCGUACCGUGAUCCGAAGGUUCUCGCGUGCUUCCACUCGUUUUGCAAAGGUUGUCUGGCGAAACAUCUCGAACAGCCGGAACGAAUCGUCUGUCCGCAGUGCCACAUGGAGACUCAGUUGAGGUGAGCGUUUUCCCCGUUGUUUCCAAUCCCCAAAAAUAAACUCUUGCAGCGUACACCUCGGGCUCGACUCGCUGCUUACCGAUUUCGGACUCGAAUCGGUGAUGAACAAGCAGCAGCAGCUGUUCGGCAGUCUUUCCCUCAACGGAUCGGCAGCCAACGGCGGCGCCACGUCAUCGUCGGCGGUCCCGAUCGCCAGCGCGCAUCUACAUCCGUCGAUGGUGGCCGGAUCGGAUCCGACGAAUCCGGUCGUCGGAUUCGGAUUCGGAUCGCCAACGUCGAGCAGCUCGUCGCCGCCGCUCAGCGACUCGCCGACGAUGGAGCAGCAGCAGCACGCGCAGUUGGCCGCCAUGAUGGCCGGCAUCAUGAACAACAACGUGGCGGUGGCGAACGGAUCGGCGCAAGUGGUGCCGGCCGGCGUUCCGGCUGUUCAUUGCAACGGAUGCAAGUCCAACGAAACGGUGAGCAUUCGAUUUCCAGGGAUUUUUACUGAAAAAUUGAAGAAACACGAUGGUAUAAAGAAUGAGAACUGAUAUAAUUAAGAGUAAUUGUGAAUAAGAACUGGCGGAAUGGGAACUGGUACAAAUCAGAAAUCAUUAUUUGCGCUGGAAGGAUGAGUUCAAGAUCAAAGUUUGAGACGCAGGGCAACCCGGAGUGACGUGGAUGCGGAUGGCACGAGUUCACAAGAAGGAGUUUGCAAACAUCAUGGCACCAGCAAGAAAACGGAACUGAACCGAAUCAUGAGCAGUCUUUGAUCCCUGGCUAGUAAAUGAAAUGAAGUUCUCAUUCCUCCAGUUCUUAUUCAUAGCAAUUCUCAUUUAUAGCACUAACAGUUGUCAUCCUUACGAGUUCUCAUUUUAGAAAUUGUCAAUCCUUGUACCACCCACUAAACACCUUAAAAGCCAUUACAGGCGACGUCAUUCUGCCAGGACUGCAACGCGAACCUCUGCGACAAUUGCACAAUGGCGCACAAGUACAUGCACUGUUUCGCCGAGCACCGUGUCAUUGAGCUACCGGCCGCCACGGCCGCAGUCGGAUCCUCGGCCUCUUCCACGACGGGAUCCUCGAGCGGAUCCUCCUCCUCGAGCUCGUCGUCGCAUCAAGUGGCGGCGCUCGGCGGAAAACAGUCGCCCGACGUGCAGCAGAUGCUGAAGCGGCCGGUCGUCUGCCUCCAGCACCGCACCUCCGAACUUGUCUUCUUUUGUAUGACGUGCAACUUGGCGAUUUGCCGCGACUGCACACUAGCCGAUCAUCCGGCCGGACAGCAUCAGUACGAGCUCAUCACGGAGGUUCGUAAAGUUUGGUCAGAAACUGGGGAAAUUUGAAGAAGAUUGGCCUAAACAUGGUUAAAAUCUGCAAAAGAGCUCUGACUUUGCUUUUAAUUGUCUUUUAGAAUGAUUUUGACCUCAUCAUUGUUUUUGGUGGUCUGAUACAUUUAUCUACCGGAAAACCACUGAAAAAAGCUCGGAAUCUACGUCUUUCAAUGUUUCUCUUCAAAAUGUGGUAUAGUAGCCCAAAAAGCCGUUACACGUCCAUCAAUCCAUUAUGCGAGCCCAUCACCAUGGCCAGCCGGUACGCCUAGCGUAAUUCCCCCUUGUCUAUUUUCUUUAUUCUUGGCAACAUCUGCUCCAAAACCAGGCCCGGGUCAUCACUCUUCAACCAUUCUACCACCUGUUCUAUAUCUUUUGCAUACAUGCGUCCUUGGUGCCGAUUUGACAAGAGAGGGACACGAAGGAUUUCCAUAUUCAUCCAAUUUGAGCGAUUUUGAACGGAGUACUACGGAAGAAUUGGGAUUUUUCGCUAUUUCUAUCUUACAAAUUGGAGUAUUGUCCAUUCUUUAAUACCCCAGAGCAGGUGCACUCUCCAAAAAACCCCUCAUCAUCACCAUCAUUUUUUUGUCGGCAACAGAUUAGGCACCCCAAAAUCACACUCAAUCACAAAUGAUUGGAAAGGUGCUAAGUGGCGACACGUGCCAAAAUGCACAAAAAUGUCAUUUUUUAGGCUGAGUUUCCCGAAUUUCACAUGUAAAAAUUUCAGGUAGCCGACAAGCAAAUGCUCAAAAUGGAGCAGUUGAUUGCGGACGCGCGCAGCAAGCACUCGGACAUGCUCGAGAUGUUUAAGCAGGUGAGAAGAUGGUGUUCGGACUAUUAAUCCGGGUGAUAUUUACACGGGAAAGGUGUAAAAAUGAUAGAGAAAAAUCUGAGAGGACGUGUAGGCUCAACCUCUCUCUCUCGGCUAUCUAAUACUAUCGACAAAUAUGGUCAUUGGUCAACAAUACCAUUCGAGUGGUGUUUAGCCGGGACGCGCUUGUUUUGAUGGUGUUUGUGACGGGUUUGGGUGGAAAAUGUGAAUUUUUCAGGUUGACUCGAAGCAACAAGUGCUGACCGCCUCGUUGCACGCCGCCCACGCACAACUCGACGAGACCGUCUCGAAUCUGAUAAAUUUGAUUCAGGAACAGAAAAAGACGCUUGCCAAGGAGAUUGACGCCGCGUUUUCGGCCAAACAGGUACAGUUUUCGCUUCUCAACAGAUGCUUGGUUGGUUGGGGCGGUGAAGAUGAAAGGCGGUGCGUGCGCUUAUUGUUCAGUAAUACUCCUACUACCUACUUUUCCUACCCGCCUCCGAUUUUAUGAGCCAUGUGCGGUGGUUUUUCUUUUAGUCGUCGUGCCGAGAGAUGUUUUAGGACGGGUUAAUGAGGAGGAUAAACUAGGUCUUUUCGUGGAAACGGAGAAAUUUGAGUGGGAAAUUGGUGGCGGCGGUAAAUGGAGGUCAAAUGUUGCCACCGCCGCCCAAGGACGUAGCUUUUUAUGCGGGUUUUUGGCCCCCGACAAAACCAGGAAAUUGUGGCUUUGCCGCCGGGGGAUUUGAAUGCUUUUUUGUGUUUGUUUCUGCCGCAAAACACUAAAAAAGUUGGCGAUUUUAGACGUUAGUUGUAGAUUUUAGCUCAAUGACAAAAAGUAACAAAGUAUCAUGUUUGCCUAGACGAGUCGCCCGUAAUUUCACUUGAAACAAUAGUGUCUGUUGUUAACAUUAUUCUUCUUCUGUUUGAACUACUGUAGUCUUCUUGUGACCUCACAAAGUGAUGAUGUUCCCGGUGGAAGAAUAGUGGAAAACAAUGGAGAAAAUUGGCACCCUGCUGCGUGUUUUGUAGACACUGUGAAGGCGAUAACAAAAGGACCCCGUGGUCCGCAUUGUUUCUACCUAGAAUAGUGAUGAGGGAUGGAUGGUGACGCAAGAUAACCUAGAAAUUAUUAGCGCUGACGAUGACGAUGGCCUCUUUCUUCUAUUGCUGGUCUUGUCCUACUCACGAGAAGGUGCGCGCGCUCUCUUGACGUAAUAAAUAUUAGAGACGCGGAGGGCAGGUGGACAAUAUUAAUGUAAUGUAUUAUAUUUAUAUAUAAAACACAAGAGGCGUCUGUCUGUCUGAAUUUUUGGAUGUCCGCUGAUGGUAGCAGAAAGAAAGACGGACCGGACUAAACAGAACCAACGACCGCGCGUUUUAUCACUCGGCAACCAGCGGACCAUGCGAGACCCAGAAACCCGGCGUAGCAGCCGUAGUUUAGCCGGUCUUGCUGAAGUUAACCACAGAUGAGUGAAAGUUGGCGUUCCGAUGAGAUUUAGAGAUUCUUACGGGAUUCCGGAUACGAUGGCCAUUGGGCAGAGAAGACGUGAAAAAUGACGUUAUCCGUGCGCUCAUCAGAAUCUUUUGCUUGUCAGCCAAAUGACUAUUGACAGCCACGGCGCGAUUUGAUAUCAACCAUACACCCGGAAAGGAUCUAGGGAGUGAAACAUUUUGAGGGAAAAAUUGAGAGUUUUUAUGUGAGAUCUGGUGUUGAAAUUGAGAUUAUUGAUCCGGGAGAGUUCUGAAAGGAAAAGGAAAUGUUGAAUUUUGCAGAUCCAACUGACGAUGGUCGACAAGCGGAUCCAGUCGAUGGCGGAGAAGUUGUCGCAAACGAUUGAAUUCUCGCGCCGUUUGAUGUCGUUCUCGUCGCCCGCAGAAGUGAUGGUUUUCAAACAGUUGCUCGACACACGCCUCCAGCUUUUCCUCGGAUUCAAUCCUGAUGUAGGAAUUGUCUAGAAUUUUUCACUGAAAAUUUACAAAUUUUUAGAUGACCGGAGUGCUGAACACGAACUGCGAAGUCGAGUACACGGGCGGAUCGUCUCUGCUGUUCGGCAAAUCCGCCAGCACCGUUUCGCAACUGCUCGGACAGGUGCGUGGAUGUGCGACGAGCAACGUGGCCGCCGACUUUGGAGCCCUCAUGCCAGCGCUUCCGUCGGGAAUGCCGCCGGCGCCGAUCGGCCGACCGCCGAGCCGUCACAUUCCGAUCGAUAAUCAGAUGGCGGCCCGCUCGCCGCCGCACAUGGCCGGAUCCCUGCCGCUCAACGCGUUCUCCGACUCGAAUCUCCUCCGUCCGAACAAGGAUUUCGGUGGAUCGUCGCAGUCGUUGGGACCAUUCGGAGGCAGCGCGGGCAGCACCGUCGUCGUCGCCGCCGCCUCGGAUCCGUUCACGACUCAGUACGAGAAGUGGAAUCUCGGGCUGGAAGCCAAUGCGCUCGGAGGACUCCUCGAGGCCGGAGGACAGAAUGUUGACGAAGAGAAGUUCCAGUCGAUGUUCCCGCCGUCGCGGUCGCAAAUUAAGCGGCAGAAGAUGAUCUACCACUGCAAGUUUGGCGAGUUCGGAGUGAUGGAGGGCCAGUUCACGGAGCCUUCGGGCGUCGCCGUGAACGGGCAGGGCGACAUUGUGGUGGCCGACACGAACAACCACCGGAUCCAGGUGUUCGACAAGGAGGGACGCUUCAAGUUCCAGUUUGGCGAGUGCGGAAAGCGCGACGGACAAUUGCUCUAUCCGAAUCGAGUGGCCGUGAAUAGGACCACGGGCGAUUUUGUGGUGACGGAACGUUCGCCGACGCACCAGAUCCAGGUGUACAACCAGUACGGACAGUUUCUGCGCAAAUUCGGCGCCAACAUUCUGCAACAUCCGCGCGGAGUGUGCGUCGACAACAAGGGACGCAUCAUCGUCGUCGAGUGCAAAGUGAUGCGCGUCAUCAUUUUCGACAUGUUCGGCAACAUUUUGCAAAAGUUCUCGUGCUCGCGCUACCUCGAAUUCCCGAACGGUGUGUGCACUAACGACAAGAACGAGAUUCUCAUAUCGGAUAACCGGGCGCACUGCAUCAAAGUGUUCUCGUACGAGGGACAGUAUUUGCGGCAGAUUGGCGGCGAGGGAGUCACCAACUAUCCGAUAGGCGUCGGAAUCAACUCGCUCGGAGAGGUCGUCGUCGCCGACAAUCACAACAACUUCAAUCUGACCGUCUUUGCUCAGGUGCGAAAAAGUUUCAAAGAAAAACACCGAAUUUCCCACAACCCUCGUAUAAUGUGUCAAUUAUUUGCAGGACGGCACGAUGAUCGGCGCUCUGGAGUCGCGAGUGAAGCACGCGCAGUGCUUCGACGUGGCGCUUGUCGAUGAUGGUUCGGUGGUGCUCGCCUCGAAGGAUUACCGUCUCUACCUGUACCGUUUCCUGCCCGCCUCGGGACCGUCCACCUCGGCUUCGAGCCAAAUUUAA